GCGCGACAAGGUGCUGAGCGCAGCAGAGGUGGGAAUGGUCAACAAGCAGGCGCAAAUCAACGCGACUGUUACCGGGGUCCUGUCUGGGAUACUGACCGGCGUACUCUCACGCCGCUUCUUCGGCUUCUCACCAAAUGCUGCGGUGAUGACAGCGAUUGGCUCCGGCUGCUUCCUCGCCUACAUUGAGAGCCGCACAGAGGUACAGCGAGGCAUGGCAGCUUUGACGUAUGCUCGUCAGCAGAGGGCGGGCGUGCGACCAGACGAACUAUCAGCGGCGCAGCAGCCCAUACCGGGAAUUCAGUGGGAUCUCAAAGCAGGCGAGGAGUCGCGCUUCGAUGCUGGUGUGGGCGGGAUGCACGAGUACAGGGAUCGAGGUGCAACGACUCGUGGAGAUCACUGAGCAAUGAGCAAUACCAAAAGUAAAAGCAUCGACCGCCUCUUGACCUUGCCCUUUCCCUGAGGACCAUAAAGAUGGUGAAAUGGUGAAGGUAUGUCCGAGCCUCCGGCCCACUUUCUGAGCGGUUGAAACGCACAGAAAGCAAGGGCACUAAGACGCUCGAGCGGGUGGUCAACAUGAGAGUGUAUUCCACACGA